AUGUUGAGGUUUUUUGCACUUCUUUUUCUUUUCCAGCUGGGUCUUCUCUGCAAUGUCUCAGUGGGUGUAGUGGAUAAGCCGAAGCUGGAGAAGAACACCUACAUCGUCCAUAUGGCCAAGUCCAAAAUGCCGGUUAGCUUCAACGAUCACACACAAUGGUACGCCUCGAAUCUGAAAUCGGUUUCGGAAUCAGCAGAAAUGCUCUACACAUACAACAACGUCAUUCAUGGAUUCUCUACUCGGCUCACCGACGAAGAGGCCAACUCACUCGAAGGUCGAUCAGGGAUCCUCGCCGUCUUACCUCAAGUGAGAUAUGAGCUUCACACCACUCGGACUCCCGAGUUUCUUGGCCUCGACAAGAACGACGCGUUAUUGCCCCAGUCUAACUCGGCGAGCGAAAUCAUAAUUGGAGUUCUUGACACUGGUGUCUGGCCCGAAAGCCAGAGCUUCAACGACAAUGGACUUGGCCCUGUACCCAGUCGAUGGAAAGGCGUUUGCCAAGAAGGUAAGAACUUCAAUUCUUCCAGCUGUAAUCGGAAAUUAAUCGGGGCGAGAUUUUUUUCCAAAGGCUACGAAGCGAAUGGUCCCAUUAACGAAACCAAAGAAUCAAAAUCGCCGAGGGACGACGACGGCCACGGCACUCACACGUCGUCCACGGCGGCCGGCUCAGCCUUGGAAGGUGCGAGCCUUUUUGGAUAUGCCGAGGGGAUGGCACGAGGCAUGGCUAUACAUGCCAGAAUUGCUGUUUACAAGAUGUGUUGGAUGGGAGGUUGUUUCGAUGCAGACAUUAUGGCUGCCAUCGAUAAAGCCAUUGAAGAUGGGGUGAACGUCAUUUCCAUGUCGUUCGGUGGUAGGUUAACCUAUUACUAUAGAAGCUCUAUCGCCAUUGGAGCUUUCGCUGCGAUGGAGAGAGGCAUUCUCGUGUCUUGCUCAGCUGGAAACGACGGUCCUUAUUCCUUCAGUUCGUCCAACGUCGCUCCUUGGAUAACCACCGUUGGUGCGGGAACCUUGGACCGUGACUUCCCUGCUUAUGUUAUGCUUGGCAACGGGAAAAACUUCUCCGGAGUGUCUCUCUACAGUGGAAACCCAUUGCCUAAUUCGUUACUACCACUCAUCUACGCUGGCAACGCCAGCAACGCUCCCAACGGGAAUCAUUGCGGGACGGGGACCUUGAUACCGUCCAAAGUCGCCGGAAAGAUCGUUUUGUGCGAAGGGGCCAAUGGCGGGAUUCAGAAAGGAAUCGUGGUAAAAGAAGCCGGUGGCGAAGGGAUGAUACUAGCGAACUUGGCUACCAAAGAGCUGUACGCUGAGGCCCAUCUCCUGCCGGCGACUGCCGUGGGUACGAAGGCCGGUGUCAUGAUAAAGGAGUAUAUCUCCUCGGAUGCUAAUCCGACGGCCACUAUUGUUUUCGUAGGUACGAAGGUGGGGAUUCAACCAUCACCCGUGGUGGCCGAGUUCAGCUCGAGAGGGCCGAACUUGAUAACGCCGGAGAUACUCAAACCGGACAUGAUCGCACCAGGUGUCAACAUCUUGGCGGGAUGGAGUGGUGCUGUAGGACCCACUGGCUUAGCUGUUGACACGAGACGCGUUGGAUUCAACAUCAUAUCAGGUACAUCGAUGUCGUGCCCACAUGUGAGCGGUAUCGCAGCGGUCCUCAAGGCGGCGAAACCCGAUUGGAGUCCCGGAGCCAUCCGAUCGGCCCUCAUGACAACAGCCUACACCACCUACAAAAAUGGAGCAACGAUAGAAGACCUCGCUACAGGGGAAGCAGCAACGCCGUUUGAUUACGGAUCAGGACACGUGGACCCUAUUUCAGCGCUUGAUCCAGGUCUCAUAUAUGACCUUGCUGUCGAGGAUUACAUUGGCUUCCUUUGCGCUUUAAACUACACCGAAGCGCAAAUCUUAAUUGUGACGAAGAGGAACUUCACGUGUGAUACAAGCAAGAAGUACAGUGUCAGUGAUCUCAACUACCCUUCUUUUGGUGUCUUAUUUCCGACAACUGAUGGCAGUGUGUCGAGCGUCGUUAAGCAUACACGGACACUGAAGAAUGUGGGCAGCCCUGCAACCUAUAUGGUGUCUAUGUCUUCAGAGACGAAAUCGGUGAAGAUAUCUGUUCAACCUCAAUCUUUGACUUUCAGUUCGCUAAAUGAGACACAAAUGUACACAGUAACGUUCAGUACUGCAACUUCGUUGCCUUCAGGGACGUACAGCUUUGGUCGUCUCCAAUGGUCCGACGGCAAGCACAUCGUGGGUAGCCCUAUUUCAUUUAUUUGGGAGUGA